AUGAAUGGUUUCGUAAAAAGGGGCAGCAGUCGUCGUUCUCUGUAUGACGACAUGGCGGGCCAAGACAUGUCAGCGACGACAAAAGUGACCAUGUCAUUUAUGAAGGCAUACAAGGCGAUGCGCGGCCCUCAUGACGUUGAGCCCAGCCCUCUCUUUAGCUGUUUGGCUCCAGCAGAUGGCAACAGGGGAGACGAUGGCCCGUUUCGGCUUGCGGGACGAGACGAAAUCAAGAUGCUCAACGACGUCAACGAAAGGCUCCUCGGCGACGACUUCGACACGAAGCCACUUUUCGCCGACGACGAAGCUCGGCAGACGGUCUUUUACUUUGACGAGCCGCACACGGCCAACGUUUACUUUUCGACGAACAGUGUGCUGGGAAAGACGUUUACCGCUGUGGCCGACCAUGUCCUCAACCAAGAGACGCUGGAUCUAGGUUGGACGGAGGCGAACGGCACAGAUUAUGCUGAUGGUGCGAGCAGCUUUGUGUCGGAUGACGACGGCGAUGCGGUCGAGAGUCGGAUCUCACCGGCCGAGUUCCGAGCCCUCGCCAUCGGCUGCAAGCGUAACGACGUCGACAGCCUGCGGAUUCCUAUUGCCACUACGGCUUCGGUCCGGCCGCUGACACCGCAGGACAAGAUCAUCGACCACGCGCAUGAGGCCGGCCGAAUAGACGCCCGGGUCUUUGGCGGGCGCCGGCAGUUUGACGGCGACGACGGCGACGAGCUCAGUCCGGCCUACCGAGUCGACCAGGGGCCAGCGCGGUCGGUGCUGUGGUCGCCGGCGGGCGUGACGCCCGAGCGCGCCGGCCUAUUCCUGUCGCUGACGGACGCACACGCCCGGAUCGGUGGUGGUGGCAGUCGAGCUCUCCCCAACGACGUGGUGUCGGCGGCGGACGUACGCAGCGCUCUGCGUGACGGCUGGCGUGCUCUCCGGGCCUGCGAGGCCGAGGAGGCGCAGCUGGCGGCGGCCAACGCGCGAGCUGAGGCGGCAGCGACGGUGCAGGCGCGACAACUCACACGGAUGGAACGGCAGCAGGAGCAGCGCCGGACGGCGGCGCGAGAGGCGACAGUGGCGGUGCAGCGCCAGAAACAAAAGCAGGCGCGGCGACAGCGACGCAUCGUGCACGACGUGGCGCUGCAGCUGCGCGAGCUGCAGGCGGCCGUGCGGGCAGCAGAGGCGAGGUUGGCACGCGGACGCGAAUGGCAGAUCGUGCUCGCACGACGGCUGCGCUCGGGGGAGAAACGGCUCCGGGCAGCCGGGAUGCGAGGGAAAGAGGGGGGAGGAGAGAUGGAAGAGGGUGACGACGACGACGACGAAUAUGCAAGCGGCUACAGAGGAUACGAAACGGAAGACGAGGACGAAGCGAAAGGACACAAACAACAGCUGAGACGGAACAAAUGA